CCGCAAAAUAACAAAAUGGCUCAUGUAGUCAGGACGUGUCAAACUCUCGUUUUCUUGUCGUUUAAUACGAGUAUUAGUCAACCAGACAAAUCAUGAAUAGUAUUAAACAUUUUCCUUUUGACAUAAAGGAUGUCGACUCGGAAACAACAGCGAAACUCUGUAAAUAUUUUUCAGGGGAAAGUGCUUACGUUCGGAUUGGUCCCAAACAGUAUUUCAUGCCGCGAAGUUACAAAGAAGAGGCGGCUAACAUUUACAACAUGUCUGUAAGAAGCGAUGACAUUUUCAUUGUCACUUAUCCACGUACAGGUACCACGUGGACUUCGGAAAUGAUAUGGCUUAUUGAAAAUAAUCUCGAUUAUGAGGCGGCAGCCGCCGUACCCCUUGUAAAACGAUUUCCAUACAUGGAUUUUCAAACUUUAUUUAACGAAGUACAAACAAAACGUAUAUAUGAACAUAACAAAAACGAUGAGGAUAAGACAGCGCUGGCCAAAUUUCUUUUGGGUGGCUCAAAGGUUAUAGAAAAUCUACCUUCUCCGCGUUUUAUCAAGACACAUCUUCCAAUGUCAUUGUUGCCACCGUCAAUGCUCGAUACUGCUAAAGUCGUGUACGUAGCACGGAAUCCUCAAGAUGUCGCAGUGUCAUAUUACAACUUGAGCAAGCUGUUCAUAACUUUUGGCUACAAUGGCGAUUUUAAGACCUUUUGGGAAUUUUUCAAGAAUGAUCGGCCCUAUUCCCCAUACAUAGAGCACGUAAAGGAAGCUUGGGAAAUGAGAAAUCAUCCAAAUAUGCUGUUUUUGUUCUACGAGGACCUCGUUAAGGACUUGCCGGGAGCAAUAAAUCGUAUGGCGACAUUCCUGGACAAGAAAUUGACUAAAGAUCAAGUAGAGAAACUCUGUAAGCACCUUAGCAUCGAAAGUUUUAAGGCGAACUCUUCUGUGGAUGGCACCGCAUACAAAUCCCUCGGCUUUUUAGCGACAACAGCACAGCCCUUUAUUAGAAAAGGCAAAUCCCAAGGGUGGUACGACCAUUUCGACGAAGAGAUGGCAGCGGAUGCGGAGCGCUGGAUCGCCGAAAACUUGCAAGAUACAGAUCUGCGAUUCCCUAAUAUGACCAAAUAGUACAAUAAGUCUAUAUAAUAUAAAAUAUAAUUGGAUCGAUGGAAUUUUUUAUGAGUGUUCGAUCUUUG